AUGUCGCAAUCAGAUUCCAACGCCUUUCUUAGUCCAUCUGAGACGAAAUCGCAUCGGAUUCGAUCUCCUUUCCUAGUCCACCUGACGACGUCACAUCGGAUUCGGUCGCCAUUCCCGGUCCACCUGACACGAUGUCGCAUCGGAUUCGAUCUCCUUUGCCAGUCCAUCGACGUCGAAUCGGAUUCGGUCGCCUUUCUCAGUCGACCUAAGUCGACGUCGCAUCGGAUUCUAUAUCCUUUCCCAGUCCAUCUGACUCGACGUCACUGCGCAUUCGAUCACCUUUCCGAUCUACCUGACUCGACGUCGCAUCGGAUUCGAUCGCCUUUCCCAGUCUACCUGACUCGACGUCGCAUUGAAUUCGAUCGCAUUUCCCUCCUUUGCCUCGUCCGCCAACCGAGUCCUGGCGUCAAGGACUUUCUUCGAGUCCUCGGUGUCAAUCACCUUUUUGAGAGUCCAGCCCCACCUAUCGAUGUGUCAAUCGCCUUUCCCCUCGGUGUUUAUCGCCUUCCCAUCCUCGGUGUCAAUCACCUUCCCAGUGUGAGCAAUCGUUGUUCACCCAUCGAUGUGCCCGAACUCAAUCUUUUUCCACCCAUCGGCGACGUCUUCCCACCCAUCGAUGCCUUGUCAAUCACCUUCCAGUUCCAGCCCCGACUUCUUCCCCCUAUCGAGUCCUCAGUGUCAUCUUCCCUUCUCUUUCUCCUCCACUUUUUCCAGCCCUCGGUGUCUCCCCUCCCUUUUUCCAGUGUGAGCAAUCGUUGCAUCUUUCCCACCUAUCGAUCCCACCCGAACAUCGUUGUCGACGUCUUCCCACCCUCAAUCCCUUUCCCAGUCCCCUUGGUCCAAUCUUUCCCAGUGGGCAACUUCUCUUUCUCCUCUCUUUGCAUCUUCAAACUCUCCCUCGGUUUUUUCCAGCCCCCGUUCAAUCGUCUUCCCAGUGUGAGCAAUCGUUGGCGACGUCUUCCCACCCAUCGAUGUGCAUCUUCAAACUUUUUCUUUCUCCUCUCCUUUUUCCAGCCCUCGCCUGCUUUGUCAUCUUCGCCUUCCCUUUCCUUUUUCCAGGCUCAGCAAUCAACUUUGUCUGAGCACGUUGGCGACGUCUCCACCAUUCAAUGUGCAUCUUCCCAAUUUUCUUUUCUCCUCUCCUUUUUCCAGCCUCGGUGUCCUAUCCCAUCCCAAUCGGCAAUCGUUGACGUCUUCCACUUAUCGAUUGUGAGCAAUCGUUGGCGACGUCUUUCCACCUAUCGGUGGCAUCCUUUAAACUUCUCUUUCUCUCCACUUUUUUUCCGAGCCAGUGUGGCUUCUUUAAUGGCUCAGUGUCUUCACCUUCCCAGUGUGAGCAAUCGUUGGCCCUACCCACCUAUCGAUGUGCAUCUUCUUCUCUUUCUCCUCUCCUUUUUUCCAGGCUCGGUGUCAAUCUUCCCAGUGUUCGUUGGCACGUCUUCCACCUAUCGCCCUCGUUGUCACCACCUUCCCAGUGUGAGCAAUCGUUGUCGACGUCUUCCCCACCUAUCGACUUCUCUCUUCUCCUUUUUCCACUUCUGCUUUCUCCUCUCCUUUUUUCCAGCCUCAGUGUCCUUCAAUCCUUUCUCCUCUCUUCCCAGUGUCGAGCAAUCGUUGGCAACGUUGGCUUUUCCCACCUAUCGAUUCCUCGGGCUUCUCUCUUUGGCGACGUUUUCCCACCCAUCGUGUGCAUCUUCCCACUUCUCUUUCUCCUCUUUUCGUUGGCGGUGCCUAUCGCCUUCCCAGUGUGAGCAAUCGUUUGGCGACGCGUCUUCCCACCAAUCUCUUCAAACUCUCUUCCUCCUCUUUUUUUUCCAGUGCCUAGCAAUCGUUUCCCAGUGUGAGCGUCGUUGGCGACGUCUUCCACCUAUCGAUGCUCGAAUUGUCUAUCGCCUUCCCAGUGUGAGGCAAUCGUUGGCAACGCCUUCCCCCCCCAUCGAUGUGCAAUUCUCUUUCUCCUCUCCUUUUUCCAGCCCUCGCCUCGGUGCUCAUCGCCUUCCCAGUGUGAGUCGUUGGCAACGUCGUUCGCGACGUCUUCCCCUCCCUCUCCUAUUGAUGUGCAAUCGUCUCAAACUUGACCCUUUCUCCUUCUUCUCUUUUUCCAGCCUCGGUGUCAAUCACCUUCCCAGUGCUCGGUGGCCAAACACCUUCCUAGCCCUUGGCGUUGUCUUCAAACUUCUCUUUCUCUUUCUUUUCCAGGCUCGCCUGCGGUGUCAAUUGCCUGCCAGUGUCAGCAAUCUUUGGCAGCGUCUUCUCCCCCAAUCGAUGUUGCAUCAUCAACUUCUCUUUCUCCUCUUUUCCACUUUUUUCCAAUCGUCUUCCCCAGUUGAGCUCGUUAGCGGUGUGCAUCUUCGCUUUUCUUUCUCAUCUCCCCUUUUCCAGCCUGCUUUGUCAAUUGCCUUCCAACUGUCACGUGCGUUUGUGAGCAAUCUUUGGCGACGUCUUCCCCACCUAUCGAUGUGCAUCUUCAAACUUCUCCUUCUCUCUCCUUUUUCCAGGCUCGUUGUCAAUCCCCUUCUAGUGCUCAGUGUCACCUUCCCAUGUGAGCAAUCGUUGUCGACGUCUUCCCACCUAUCGAUGUUGCAUCUUCAAACUUCUCUUUCUCCUCUCCUUUUCCAGGCCUCAGUGUCCAUUCCACCUUCCCAUGUGAGCAAUCGUUGGCAGCGUCUUCCCACCCUAUCGAUGUGCAUCUUCAAACUUCUCUUUCUCCUCUCCUUUUUCCAGGCUCGGUGUCAAUCGCCACCCAGUGUGAGCAAUCGUUGGCGACGUCUUCCCAUAUCGAUGUGCAUCUUCGAACUUCUCUUUCUCCACUCCUUUUCCAGCCCUCGGUGUCUAUCACCUUCCCUAGUUUGGCAAUCGUUGGCGACGUUUCCACUACCCCACCUCUUUCUCCUCUCCAUUUUCAAGCCCUCGGUGCCUUCUCCCAGUUUUCUCCUCUCCUUUGAUAAUGCAUCUUUAAACUUCUCUUUCUCUGUCAAUUUUCCUUCCCAGUGUCAGCGUCUUCCUAGUUUGAGCCAUCGUUGGCACCUAUCGAUGUGCAUCUUCAAACUUUUCUUUCUCCACUCCCUUUUUCAGCCUGCGUUUGAGCAAUCGUUGGCAACGUCUUCUCAUUAUCGAUGUGCAUCUUCAAACUUUUCUUUCUCGUCUCCUUUUCCAGCCUGCUUUGUCAAUCACCUUCCCACUGUCAAACAAUCACCUCGGUGUCAAUCCUUUCCCAGUGUGAAAAGCAAUCGUUGGCAACGUCUUCCCCACCCUAUCGAUGUGCAUCUUCAAACUUCUCUUUCUCCUCUCCUUUUUCCAGCCCUCAGUGUCGUCAUCCUUCCCAAUGUAUUGGCAAUCGUUGGCAACGUCUUUUCCUAUCUAUACUCCAUUGUCCUAUCCUUUUCCCAGUACUUGACGUCGUUGUCGACGUCUUCCCACCUAUCGAUAUUGCAUCUUCAAACUUCUCUUUCUCCUCUCCUUUUCCGCCCUUGGUGUCUAUCACCUUCCCAGUGUGAGCAAUCGUUGGCGACGUCUUCCCACCCUGAUGAUGUGCAUCUUCGACUUCUUUCUCUCUCCUUUCCAGCCCACUGUGUGUCAAUCGCUUUCCCAGUGCUCGGUGUCAAUCCACCUUCCCAGUGUGUGAGCAAUCGUUGGCGACGUCUUCCCCACCUAUCGGUGUGCAUCUUCAAACUUCGCUUUCCACUCCUUUUUCCAGCCCCUCGGUGUCAUCGUCUUCCCAGUGUGAGCAAUCGUUAUGACGUCUUCCCACCCAUCGAUAUGCAUCUUCGAACUUCUCUUCUCCACUCCUUUUCCAGCCCUCGGUGUCAAUCACCUUCCCAGUGUGAGCAAUCAUUGGCGACGUCUCCCCCACCCAUCGAUGUGCACUUCAAACUUCUCUCUCUCUCCUUUUUCCAGGCUCGGCUCGUUGUCAAUCACCUUCCCAGUGUGAGCAAUCGAGGCUUCAAACUCUCUUCACACCCUUUUCCAGGCUCGUUGUACAUCUUCGACGUUCUCACCCUCCUCUCCAAAUUUUCUUCCCUCGUUGUCCCCAGUGUCAAUCACAUUCCCAGUGUGGAACAAUCGCCAGCAACAGCUCUCUGUCAAUCACCUUCCCAGUCUCGAACAAUUCUUGGCGACGUCUUCUCCCUAUCGAUGCUAUCUCUUCUGUCUCUCGAACACAUUCUCCUUUUUCCACAUCCUCGGUAUCUCUCACCCUUCCACUAUCUCCUCUCGUUGGCGAACACUGCCCAACUAUCUAUAUCCCUCUUCAAACUCUCUUUCUCUCUUCUUUUUUCCUCUCUGUCUGUCGGUCCACCUUCCAGUGUGAGCAUCACUUUGUCUCUCUCUACCCAUCCUAUCGUGUGCAUCUUCAACACUUCUCUUUAUCUAUCUCCCUUUUCCGACUCUCUAUCAAUAUCUUCCAGUCUGAGCAUUCGAACACAUCUUAUGCAUCUAUCAUGUCUUCUUCCUCUCUUCUCUUUAUCCUUUCCUUUUCCUCUCGUCUGUCGAACACCUUCCCAUGUAUCUAAUCCUUGGCGACGUCUUUCCACCUUUCUUUCUAUCACUUCUCCUCUCGUCUCUCCCUCCUUUUUCCAUGCUCUAUAUCUUUCGCCUUCCCAGUGUGAGCAAUCCUUUCGUCGUUUUUCCCACCUAUCGAUGUGCAUCUUCAUCCUUCUCUUUCUCCUCUCACUUUUUCCAGCCUCGGUGUCAAACACAUUCCCAUGUGUCUAUCGUUGGCGACGUCUUCCCACCUAUCUCCUCUCAUCUUCGAACUUCCUUUCUCCUCUCUCAUUUUCCAGCCUCGUUGUCAAUCACUUUCCCUCUGUGCCCCUCACGGUGUCUAUCGCCUUCCCAGUGUCUCUCGUUAACGUGGGCGACGUCUUCCCACCUAACGAUCGACGUCUUCCCACCUAUCUCGAUGUGCAUCUUCGAACUUCUCUUUCUCCUCUGUCUUUUCCUCCUCGUUAUGUCAAUCCCCUUCCCAGUGUGAACAAUCGUUGGCGAUCCCUUCCCACCCUAUCGAUGUGCAUCUUCAAACUUCCUACACUCUCUCCUUAUGUAUCUACAUGUCAAUCAACUUCCUCACUCUAUCGCAAUCGUUGGCUCGUCUUCGAACACAUAUCGAUGUGCAUCUAUCCCUUUCUCCCUCACUAUCUUCCCCCUCGGUGUCAAUCACAUUCUAUGUAUCAACAUCCCUUGGCGACGUCUACCCUCUCUCUAUCACUUUCAUCUUCUCUUCUCCUCUCCUCGAACACAUUCCUCGGUAUCAUAUCCCCUCUCCCAGUCUCUCGCUAUCUUGACUCGUCUCGAACCUAUCGAUAUGCAUCUACAUUCUUCUCUUUCUCCUCUCGUUUUCCUUCUCAGUAUUCGAACACAUUCCCAAUGUAUCAAUCGUUGGCCUCUCUCUUCCCAUCCUAUCGAUGUGCAUUCUUCAAACUUCUCUCUCCUCUCCUUUUCCAGGCUCAGUGUCAAUCACCUUCCCAGUGUGAGCAAUCGUUGACGUCUACCCACCUAUCGAUUCCUCAUUGUCAAUCACCUUCCCAGUGUGAAACACUCCUCUCGUCUCAGACACAUUCUAUGUCUAUAUCUCUUUCUCCUCUCUCUCCUUUAUCUCUUCUCGUCUCUCAGACACGUGUGUAUCUAUCUCCUUUCUCUCUCACUCUGUCUUUCCUGCCUCGUCUCUCCAGAACGUCUGUAUCUAUGUCCUUUCUCUUUCCUAUCUCCCUCUCGUCUCUCGAACACAUUCUAUGUAUCUAUAUCCCUUUCUCUCUCACUUCAUCACUAUCUCCUCUCGUCUCUCGAACACAUUCUAUGUAUCUAUAUCCCUUCUCUCUCUCUCUCUAUCACUAUCUCCUCUCGUCUCUCGAACAAAUCCUAUGUAUCUAUAUCUCUUUCCCUCUCUCUCUCACUAUCGCUAUCUCUCGUCUCUCGAACACAUUCUGUAUCUAUAUCCUUUCUCUCUCUCUAUCACUAUCUCCUCUCGUCUCUCGAACACAUUCUAUGUAUCUACAUCUUUCUCCCUCUCUCUCUCAUCGCCAUCUCCUUUCGUCUUUCGAACACAUUCUAUGUAUCUAUAUCCCUUCUCUCUCUCUUCUAUCACUAUCUCCUCUCGUCUCAGAACACAUUCUAUGUAUCUAUAUCUCUUUCUCCCCUCUCUAUCUUUAUUCCUCUCUUCUUUCGAACAUUCUUAUGUAUCUAUCCCUUUCUCUCUCUCUCUCCUUCGCUAUCCUCUCGUCUCUCGAACACAUUCUAUGUAAAUAUAUCCCUUUCUCUCUCUCUCUAUCGCUAUUCUCUCGUCUCUCGAACACAUUCUAUGCAUCUAUCCCUCUCUCUCUCUCUCUCACUAUCUCUCUCGUCUCUCAGAACACAUUCUAUGUAAAUAUUUCCUCCCUCUCUCUCUAUCACUAUCUCCCUCUCACACAUUCUAUGUAUCUUAUCUUUCUUUUCUCCCUCUCUCUAUCGCCAUUCCUCCUCUCUCGAACCCCAUUCUGUAUCUAUCCCUCCCUCUCUUCAUUGCUAUCAUCUCCUCUCAGGCUCUUCGAAAUAUCUAUCCUAUGCCUCACUCUCUGUCCUUCUCCUCUCUCUCUCAGCCAUUCUAUGUAUCUAACCCUUUCUCUCUCUCUCAUAUCCUUUCUCCUCUCGUCUCUCAGACACAUUCUAUAUCAAUAUCCCUUUCUCUCUCUCUCUAUCACUAUCUCCUCGUCUCUCAAACACAUUCUAUGUCUAUCUCUUUCUCCCCUCUCUCUAUCUCCUCUCGUCUCUCAGACAUUCAUAACAUCUAUGUCUCUUUCUCUCUCUCGUUACCUCUUCAUUUCAGACACAUUCUGUAUCUAUCUCUUUCUCCUCUCUCUCUAUCCUUUCUCCUCUCGUCUCUCAGACACAUUCUGUGUAUCCUGUCUCUUUCUCCCUCUCUCUCGUUAUCUCCUCUCGUCUCUCAACAUUCUAUGUCUAUAUCUCUUUCUCCCUCCCUAUCGUUAUCUCUUCUCGUCUCAGACACACAUUCUACGUAUCUAUAUCCCUUUCUCUCUCUCUAUCUUCUCUCCUCUCGUCUCUCGAACCCAUUCUGUAUAUCGUAUCCCUUUCUCUCUCUCUAUCACUUCUCUCUCUCUCGUCUCUCUCACACAUUCUGUAUAUCUAUAUCCUUUCUCUCUCUCUCUAUCCUCUCUCCUCGUCUCUCAGACAAAUUCUUCUGUAUCUAUAUCCUUUCUCCCUCUCUCUCAUUACCUCUUCUCGUCUCUCAGACACAUUCUGUAUCUAUCUCGAACCUUUCUCUCUCUCUCUAUCACUAUCUCCUCUCGUCUCGAACACAUUCUAUGUCCUAUAUCCUUUUUCCAGCUCUCUAUCGCUAUCUCCUCUCGUCUCUCAAACACAUUCUAUGUAUCAUAUCCCUUUCUCCUCUCUAUCACUAUCUCCCUCUCGUCCUCGAACACAUUUCUAUGUAUCUAUAUCCCUUUCUCUCUCUCUCUCUCUAUCACUAUCUCCUCUCGUCUCUCGAACACAUUCUAUGUAUCUAUAUCCCUUCUUCCUCUCUAUCUCCUGCUCGUCUCGAUCACAUUCUAUGUGACAAUCUCCCGACUCUCCCGUUAUCGAUUCUCAUCUUCGAACAUUUCUUUAUCCCUCUCUUUCCUCUCUCUCUAUCUCUAUCUCGUCUCAGUCUCUGAACACAUUCCUAUGUAUCUAUAUCCUUUCUCUCUCUCUCGUUCACUAUCUCCUCUCGUCUCUCGAAACAUUCUAUGUAUCUAUAUCCCUUUCCUCCUCUAUCACUCUCUCCGUCUCUCCACAUUCUAUGAUCUAUCCCUUUCCUCUCUCUCUAUCACUAUCUCCUCUCGUCUCUCGAACACAUUCUAUGUAUCUAUAUCCCUUUCAAACUUCACUAUCCCUCUCGUCUCUCGAACACAUUCCUCGGUGUCAAUCACCUAUCCCUUUUCUCUCUCUCUCUGGCACUAUCUCCUCUCGUCUCUCAAACACAUUCUAUGUAACUAUAUCCCUUUCUCUCUCUCUAUCACUAUCUCUCUGUCUCUCAGACACAUUCUUGUGACAUUCGUUGGCAAUCGUCUAUAUCCCUUUCUCUCUCUCUUUCACCAUCUCCUCUCAUUCUCAAACACAUUCCCCUAUGUAUCUAUGUCCCUUUCUCUCUCUCUCUAUCCUAUCUCCUCUCGUCUCUCUGACACCUUUUCUAUGUCCAUAUUUCUCUUUCUCCUCUCUCUCGCUUCUCCAGUCUCUCGAACAUAUUCUAUGUAUCUAUAUCUCUUUCUCUCUCUCUCUCACUACCUCUCGUCUUGGAGAUUCUAUGUCUAUAUCCUCUCCUCUCUCUCUCUUUCACUAUCUCCCUCUCGUCUCUCCUACACAUUCUAUGUAUCUAUAUCUCUCUUUCCUCUCUCUCUCGGUAUCUCCUCACCUCUCGAACACAUUCUGAGUAUCUAUAUCCCUUUCUCUCUUAUCACUAUCUCUCUCCUCGUCGAACACACAUCUUCAAACUAUAUCCUUUCUCUCUCUAUCUAUCUUUCCAGUCCCUUUUUCUCUCUCUCUCUAUCACUAUCUCCUCUCGUCUCUCAGACACAUUCUAUGUAUCUAUCCCUUUCUCUCUCUCUCUAUCACUAUCUCCUCUCGUCUCUCAGACACAUUCUAUAUGUAUCUAUAUCCCUUUUUCUCUCUCUCUCUAUCACUAUCUCUCCUCUCGUCUCUCGAACACAUUCCUAUGUAUCUAUAUCCCUUUCUCUCUCUCUCUAUCACAUAUCUCCUCUCGUCUCUCGACACAUUCUAUGUAUCUAUAUCCCUUUCUCUCUCUCUCUCGACGUCUCCUCUCGUCUCUCAGUGCAUUCUUAUCCUAUAACCUUUCUCUCUCUCUCUAUCCAUCUCCUCUCGUCUCUCGAAACACAUUCCAGUGUAUCUAUAUUCCUUUCUCUAUCUCUAUCCCUCCCUCUCGUCUCUCUCUUUCAAAUCUAUAUCUCUUUCUCUCUCUCUUUUUCACAUCCCUCUCGUCUCUCUAUACCUUCCCAGUUUCUCCUCCUCUCUCUAUCGUAUCUCCUCGUCUCGAACACAUCUCUAUCUCCUCUCUCUCUCUAUCCUAUCUCUCUCAGUCUCUCGAACACAUCUCUAUCACCCUUUUCUAUCGUUCUCCUCGUCUCUCAAACACAUUCUAUGUAUCUAUAUCCCUUUCUCUCUCUCUCUAUCUUCUCUCUCGUCUCGACUCUCAGACUAUACACAUUCUAUGUAUCUAUAUCCCUUUCUCUCUCUCUCUCACUAUCUCCCUCUCUCUCACAUUCUCUGUGUAUCUAUCCCUUUCUCUCUCUCUCUAUCACUAUCUCCUCUCGUCUCUCAACACAUUCUAAUCUAUAUCCCUUUCUCCCUCUCUCUCUAUCACUAUCCCUCUCGUCUCUCAGACACAUUCUGUGUAUCUAUAUCCCCUUUCUCUCUCUCUAUCUAUCUCCUCUCGUCUCUCUCAGACACAUUCUGUAUCUAUAUCCCUUUCUCUCUCUCUCUCACUAUCUCCUCUCGUCUCUCGAACACAUUCUAUGUGUCAUAUCCCUUUCUCUCUCUCUCUCUAUCACUCUCGUCGUCUCCACAUUCUAUGUAUCUAUAUCCCUUUCUCUCUCUCUCUAUCACUAUCUCCUCUCGUCUCUCAGACAUUCUAUGUAUCUAUAUCCCUUUCUCUCUAUCACUAUCUCCUCUCGUCGACUCUCAAACACAUUCUAUGUAUCUAUAUCCUUUCUCUCUCUCUCUAUCACUAUCUCCUCUCGUCUCUCGAACACAUUCUCCAGGCUCUAUAUCCCUUUCUCUCUCUCUCUCACUAUCUCCUCUCCUCUCUCGACACAUUCUGUCUCAGACACAUUCUAUGUAUCUCGUCAACACAUUCUAUCUUUCUCUCUCUCUCUCUAUCACUAUCUCCUCUCGUCUCUCGAACACAUUCUAUGUAUCUAUAUCCCUUUCUCUCUCUCUAUCACUAUCUCCUCUCGUCUCGAACACAUUCUAUGUAUCUAUAUCCCAUUCUCCAGCCUCUCUAUCACCUUUCCUCGUCUCUCACACAUUCUAUGUAUCUAUAUCCCUUUCUCUCUCUCUAUCGCUAUCUCUUCUCGUCUCUCGAACAAACAUUUUAUGUAUCUAUAUCCCUUUCAUAUCUCUCUCUAUCCUAUCUCCUCCGUCUCUCCACAUUCUAUCAAUCUAUAUCCUUUCUCUUCCCACUCUAUCACUAUCUCCUCUCGUCUCUCGAACACAUUCUAUGUAUCUAUAUCCCUUCUCUCUCUCUCUAUCACUAUCUCCUCUCGUCUCUCGAACACAUUCUAUGUAUCUAUAUCCUUUCUCCUCUCUCUCGUUAUAUCUCUCUCGUCUCUCGAACACAUUCUAUGUAUCUAUAUCCCUUUCUCUCUCUCUCUAUCACUCCUCCUCGUCUCUCAAACAUUCUUCUGUAUCUAUAUCCCUUUCUCUCUCUCUCUAUCACUAUCUCCUCGUCUCGAACACAUUUUUGUAUCCCUUUCUCUUUCUCCUCUCUCCACUAUCUCCUCUCGUCUCUCAACCCAUCAUUCUAUAUCCCCUUUCCUUUCUCUCUAUCACUAUCUCCUCUCGUCUCGAUUCCUCUCGUCUUCAAACACAUUCUAUGUAUCUAUAUCCCUUUUCUCUCUCUCUAUCACUAUCUCCCUCUCGUCUCUCGAACACAUUCUAUGUAUCUAUAUCCCUUUCUCUCUCUAUCACUAUCUCCUCUCGUCUCUCGAACACAUUCUAUGCAUCGUAUAUCCCUUUCUCUCUCUCUCUAUCACUAUCUCCUCUCGUCUCUCAACACAUUCUAUGUUCUAUAUCUCUUUCCUCUCUCUCAAUCUCUUCUCACUUUCUCGAACACAUUCUAUGUAUCUAUAUCCCUUUCUCUCUCUCUCUCGAUCUCCUCUCGUCUCUCAGACACAUUCUAUGUAUCUAUAUCCCUUUCUCUCUCUCUCUAUCACAAUCUCCUCUCGUCUCUCGAGACAUUCUAUGUAUCUAUAUCCCUUUCUCCCUCUAUCACUAUCUCCUCUCGUCUCUCAGACACAUUUCUACGUAUCUAUAUCCCUUCUCUCUCUCUCUAUCACUAUCUCCUCUCGUCUCUCGAACACAUUCUAUGUAUCUAUAUCUUUCUCUCUCCUAUCUACUAUCUCCUCCGUCUCUCUCAGACACAUUCUAUGUAUCUAUCCCCUUUCUCUCUAUCACUAUCUCCUCUCGUCUCUCACACACAUUCUAUGUAUCUUAUAUCCCUUUCUCUCUCUCUCUAUCACUAUCUCCUCUCGUCUCGAACACAUUCUAUGUGUCCCUUUAUCCCUCUCUCUAUCACUAUCUCCUCUCGUCUCUCGAACACAUUCUAUGUAUCUAUAUCUCCCUUUCUCCCUCUCUCUAUCCAGCUAUCUCCUCUCGUCUCUCAGAACACAUUCUAUGUAUCUAUAUCCCUUCUCUCUCUCUCUUCUAUCACUAUCUCCUCUCUCAGACACAUUCUGUAUCUAUAUCCCUUUCUCUCUCUCUCUCUACUAUCUCUCGUCUCUCGAACACAUCUAUGUAUCUAUAUCCCUUUCUCUCUCUCUCACUAUCUAUCUCCUCUCGUCUCUCAAACACAUUCUAUGUAUCUAUAUCCUUUCUCUCUCUCUCUAUCACUAUCUCCUCUCGUCUCUCGAACACGUUCUAUGUAUCUAUAUCUCUUUCUCUCUCCCUCUAUCGUUAUCCCUCUCGUCUCUCGAACAUUCUCGCCUCCCUUUCCUCUCUCUCUAUCACUAUCUCCUCUCGUCUCUCAAACACAUUCUAUCUAUAUCCAUUCUCUCUCUAUCAUCCUCUCCUCGUCUCCACAUUCUAUGUAUCUAUAUCCCUUUCUCUCUCUAUCACUAUCUCCUCUCGUCUCUCGAACACAUUCUGUGUAUCUAUAUCCCUUUCUCUCUCUCUCGGUAUCUCCUCUCGUCUCUCGAAAACAUUCUUCAAUCUAUAUCUUUCUCCCUCUCUCUCUAUCCCAUCGAUCUCGUCUCUCGAACACAUCCCAUGUAUCUAUAUCCUCUUCCAGGCUCUCUCUAUCACAUUCCCAUGUAUCUCGAACACCCGUUUCCCUUUCUCUCUCUCACUUCACUAUCCUCUCGUCUCUCGAACACAUUCUAUGUAUCUAUAUCCCUUCCCCUAUCUCUCUCUAUCGACUAUCUCCUAUCGAUCCCUCAGUCUCUCUCGAACACAUUCUAUCUCUCAGACACAUAUCUAUGUGAUCUAUCCCCGCUUCUUUCUCCCUAUCUCUCUCUCUAUCAAACUAUGUAUCUAUCCUCUCGUCUCUCUAUCACAUCUCCUCUCGUCUCUCUAUACAUUCUAUGUAUUCUUUCUCUCUCUCUCUCUAUCACUAUCUCCUCUCGUCUCUCAGACACAUUCUACGUAUCUAUAUCCCUUUCUCUCUAUCACUAUCUCCUCUCGUCUCUCUCCACACAUUCUAUGUAUCUAUAUCCUUUUCUCUCUCUCUAUCACUAUCUCCCUCUCGUCUCUCAGACACAUCUAUGUAUCUAUAUCCCUUUCUCUCUCUCUCUAUCACUAUCUCCUCUCGUCUCUCGAACACAUUCUAUGUAUCUAUAUCCCUUUGUCUCUCUCUCUAUCACUAUCUCCUCUCGUCUCUCGAACACAUUCUAUGUAUCUAUAUCCCUUUCUCUCUCUCUCUAUCACUAUCUCCUCUCGUCUCUCGAACACAUUCUAUGUAUCUAUAUCCCUUGUCUCUCUCUAUCACCUCUCCUCUCGUCUCGAACACAUUCUAUGUAUCUAUAUCCCUUUCUCUCUCUCUCCAUCACUAUCUCCUCUCGUCUCUCGAACACAUUCUAUGUAUCUAUAUCCUUUCUCUCUAUCUCUAUCUCCUCUCUCUCGUCUCGAACACAUUCUAUGUAUCUAUAUCCCCUUUCUCUCUCUCUAUCACUAUCUCCUCUCGUCUCUCGAACACAUUCUAUGUAUCUAUAUCCCUUUCUCUCUCUCUCUAUCGUCACUAUCUCCUCUCGUCUCUCGAACACAUUCUAUGUAUCUAUAUCCCUUUCUCUCUCUCUAUCACUAUCUCCUCUCGUCUCUCGAACUCAUUCUAUGUAUCUACACAUUCUCUUCUCCUCUCGUCUCUUCAACACAUUUUAUGUAUCUAUAUCCCUUUCUCUCUCUCUAUCACUAUCUCUCCUCUCGUCUCUCGAACACAUUCUAUGUAUCUAUAUCCCUUUCUCUCUCUCUCUAUCACUAUCGAUCCCACCUCUCGUCUCUCGAACACAUUCUAUGUAUCUAUAUCUCUUUCUCCCUCUCUCUCUAUCGCUAUCUCCUCUCGUCUCUCGAACACAUUCUAUGUAUCUAUAUCCCUUUCUCUCUAUCACUAUCUCCUCUCGUCUCUCGAACACAUUCUAUGUAUCUAUAUCCCUUUCUCUCUCUCUCUAUCACUAUCUCCUCUCGUCUCUCGAACACAUUCUAUGUAUCUAUAUCCCUUUCUCUCUCUCUAUCACUAUCUCCUCUCGUCUCUCGAACACAUUCUAUGUAUCUAUAUCCCUUUCUCUCUCUCUCUAUCACUAUCUCCUCUCGUCUCUCGAACACAUUCUAUGUAUCUAUAACUCUUUCUCUCUCUCUAUCACUAUCUCCUCGUCUCUCGAACACAUUCUAUGUAUCUAUAUCCCUUUCUCUCUCUCUAUCUAUCUCUCGUCUCUCGAACACAUUCUAUGUAUCUAUAUCUCUUUCUCUCUCUCUAUCGUCUCCUCUCGUCUCUCAAACACACAUUCUAUGUAUCUCUAUCCCUUUCUCUCUCUCUCUCUCUCUCUCAUCACUAUCUCCUCUCGUCUCUCGAACACAUUCUAUGUAUCUAUAUCCCUUUCUCUCUCUCUAUCACUAUCUCCUCUCGUCUCUCGAACACAUUCUAUGUAUCUAUAUCCCUUUCUCUCUCUCUCUGUCACUAUCUCCUCUCGUCUCUCGAACACAUUCUAUGUAUCUAUAUCUCUUUCUCCCUCUCUCUCUAUCGCUAUCUCCUCUCGUCUCUCGAACACAUUCUAUGUAUCUAUAUCCCUUUCUCUCUCUCUCUAUCACUAUCUCCUCUCGUCUCUCGAACACAUUCUAUGUAUCUAUAUCCCUUUCUCUCUCUCUCUCUCUCCCUCUCGUCUCUCGAACACAUUCUAUGUAUCUAUAUCCCUUUCUCUCUCUAUCACUAUCUCCUCUCGUCUCUCGAACACAUUCUAUGUAUCUAUAUCUCUCUCUCUCGUCUCCUCUCGAACACAUUCUAUGUAUCUAUAUCUCUUUCUCCCUCUCUCUCUCACUAUCUCCUCUCGUCUCUCGAACACAUUCUAUGUAUCUAUAUCUCUUUCUCCCUCCCUAUCGUUAUCUCUUCUCGACUUUCGAACACAUUCUACGUAUCUAUAUCCCUUUCUCUCUCUCUCUAUCACUAUCUCCUCUCGUCUCUCGAACACAUUCUAUGUAUCUAUAUCCCUUUCUCUCUCUCUCUAUCACUAUCUCCUCUCGUCUCUCGAACACAUUCUAUGUAUCUAUAUCCCUUAUCUCUCUUCUCUCUAUCACUCACUCCUCUCGUCUCUCGAACACAUUCUAUGUAUCUAUAUCCCUUUCUCUCUCUCUCUAUCACUAUCUCCUCGUCUCUCGAACACAUUCUAUGUAUCUAUAUCCCUUUCUCUCUCUCUAUCACUAUCUCCUCUCGUCUCGAACACAUUCUAUGUAUCUAUAUCCCUUUCUCUCUCUCUAUCACUAUCUCUCCUCUCGUCUCUCGAACACAUUCUAUGUAUCUAUAUCCCUUUCUCUCUCUCUCUAUCACUAUCUCCUCUCGUCUCUCGAACACAUUCUAUGUAUCUAUAUCCCUUUCUCUCUCUCUCUAUCACUAUCUCCUCUCGUCUCUCGAACACAUUCUAUGUAUCUAUAUCUCUUUCUCCCUCUCUCUCUAUCGCUAUCUCCUCUCGUCUCUCGAACACAUUCUAUGUAUCUAUAUCCCUUUCUCUCUCUCUCUCGCUAUCUCCUCUCGUCUCUCGAACACAUUCUAUGUAUCUAUAUCCCUUCUCCCUCACUAUCUAUCGUUCUCUCUAUCUAUGUAUCUAUCCCUCCUCUCUAUCUCUCCUCUCGUCUCUCUCAACACAUUCUAUGUAUCUAUAUCCCUUUCUCUCUCUCUCACUAUCUCCUCUCGUCUCUCGAACACAUUCUAUGUAUCUAUAUCCCUUUCUCUCUCUCUAUCACUAUCUCCUCUCGUCUCUCGAACACAUUCUAUGUAUCUAUAUCCCUUUCUCUCUCUCUCUAUCACUAUCUCCUCUCGUCUCUCGAACACAUUCUAUGUAUCUAUAUCCCUUUCUCUCUCUCUCUAUCACUAUCUCCUCUCGUCUCUCGAACACAUUCUAUGUAUCUAUAUCCCUUUCUCUCUCUCUCUAUCACUAUCUCCUCUCUCUCUCGAACACAUUCUAUGUAUCUAUAUCCCUUUCUCUCUCUCUCUAUCACUAUCCUCUCGUCUCUCCCAGUGUGACAUUCUAUGUAUCUAUAUCCCUUUCUCUCUCUCUCUAUCACUAUCCUCUCGUCUCUCAACACAUUCUAUGUAUCUAUAUCCCUUUCUCUCUCUCUCUAUCACUAUCUCCUCUCGUCUCUCGAACACAUUCUAUGUAUCUAUAUCCCUUCUCUCUCUCUCUAUCUAUCUAUCUCCUCUCGUCUCUCGAACACAUUCUAUGUAUCUAUAUCCCUUUCUCUCUCUCUAUCACUAUCUCCUCUCGUCUCUCUCGAACACAUUCUAUGUAUCUAUAUCCCUUUCUCUCUCUCUCUGGCGAUCACUAUCUCCUCUCGUCUCUCGAACACAUUCUAUGUAUCUAUAUCCCUUUCUCUCUCUCUCUAUCACUAUCUCCUCUCGUCUCUCUAACACAUUCUAUGUAUCUAUAUCUCUUUCUCUCUCUCUCUCACUAUCUCCUCUCGUCUCUCAGACACAUUCUAUGUAUCUAUAUCCCUUUCUCUCUCUCUCUAUCACUAUCUCCUCUCGUCUCUCGAACACAUUCUAUGUAUAACCCUUUCUCCUCUAUCAUUCUCUCCUCUCUCUCUCUAUCACACUAUCUCCUCUCGUCUCUCGAACACAUUCUAUGUAUCUAUAUCCCUUUCUCUCUCUCUCUCUAUCACUAUCUCCUCUCGUCUCUCGAACACAUUCUAUGUAUCUAUAUCCCUUUCUCUCUCUCUAUCACUAUCUCCUCCUCUCGUCUCUCGAACACAUUCUAUGUAUCUAUAUCCCUUUCUCUCUCUCUCUAUCACUAUCUCCUCUCGUCUCUCGAACACAUUCUAUGUAUCUAUAUCCCUUUCCUCUCUCUCUAUCCACUCUCUCCUCUCGUCUCUCGAACACAUUCUAUGUAUCUAUAUCCCUUUCUCUCUCUCUAUCACUAUCUCCUCUCGUCUCUCUAA